UGCGUUUGUGUCAGAACCCUAAACUGGCGUUGAAGAACAGUCCACCCUAUAUCCUAGAUUUGCUACCUGAUACCUACCAGCAUCUACGAACCAUCCUAUCACGCUACGAGGGGAAGAUGGAGACCCUGGGAGAAAAUGAGUAUUUCCGUGUUUUCAUGGAGAAUUUGAUGAAGAAAACCAAGCAGACCAUCAGCCUUUUCAAGGAAGGGAAGGAGCGGAUGUAUGAGGAGAACUCUCAGCCUAGGCGUAACCUGACAAAGUUAUCCCUGAUAUUUAGCCAUAUGCUGGCAGAACUCAAAGGUAUUUUCCCAAGCGGCCUUUUCCAGGGAGACACGUUCCGAAUCACCAAGGCAGAUGCUGCAGAAUUUUGGAGAAAGGCAUUUGGUGAAAAGACUAUCGUUCCAUGGAAAAGCUUCCGUCAGGCCUUGCAUGAAGUACAUCCAAUCAGUUCAGGGCUGGAAGCCAUGGCCCUGAAGUCAACGAUUGACUUGACGUGCAAUGACUACAUUUCAGUAUUUGAAUUUGAUAUCUUCACACGACUUUUCCAGCCAUGGUCCUCUUUGCUCAGGAACUGGAAUAGCCUAGCGGUGACUCAUCCUGGUUAUAUGGCAUUCCUAACAUAUGAUGAGGUGAAAGCCCGGCUUCAGAAAUUCAUUCACAAACCUGGCAGUUAUAUUUUCCGAUUGAGUUGUACGCGACUUGGUCAGUGGGCCAUUGGCUAUGUCACUGCAGAUGGGAACAUUCUUCAGACAAUCCCCCACAACAAACCUCUUUUUCAGGCACUGAUUGAUGGCUUCAGGGAAGGCUUUUAUUUAUUUCCCGACGGCCGGAAUCAGAAUCCUGACUUGACUGGCUUGUGUGAGCCCACACCUCAGGACCACAUUAAAGUUACACAGGAACAAUAUGAAUUGUAUUGCGAGAUGGGCUCCACGUUUCAGCUGUGUAAAAUAUGUGCUGAAAACGACAAGGAUGUGAAGAUUGAACCCUGCGGCCAUCUGAUGUGCACGUCCUGUCUCACUGCGUGGCAGGAAUCAGAAGGCCAGGGAUGUCCUUUUUGCCGCUGUGAAAUCAAAGGCACGGAGCCAAUUGUAGUCGACCCAUUCGACCCCAGAGGAGGAGGAGGAUUAUCGCGGCAAGGGGCAGAAGGAACUCCCUCGCCCAAUUAUGACGAUGAUGAUGACGACAGAGCUGAUGAUUCACUCUUCAUGAUGAAAGAACUCGCUGGUACCAAAGUUGAGCGUCCUCCUUCUCCGUUCUCAGUAGCUCCACAGGCCACCCUUCCUCCCGUGCCGCCGCGACUGGAUCUUUUACAGCAGCGAGUGUCCAAUCCACCUGGGGCUUCCAGCCCUGGGACCACUUCAAAGGCUGCACCUGGUACUCUUCACAAGGAUAAACCUUUGCCGAUACCACCCACGCUCAGAGAUCUCCCGCCGCCACCGCCUCCGGACAGGCCACAUUCCAUUGGGGCUGAAGGUCGACCUCAGAGGCGUCCCUUGCCCUGCACGCCAGGAGACUGUCCUUCGAGAGACAAGCCACCCCCUGUGCCCUCCAACCGUCAGGCUGAUCUGUGGCCAUCCAGGCCGAUUCCAAAAGCCCCAUCUGUAGCUCUCAGUCCUGGUGACCCUUGGGCUGGGAGAGAACUGUCCAACAGGCACUCGCUUCCCUUUUCCUUGCCCUCUCAGAUGGACUCCAGGGCUGACAGCCAUCGGCUUGGAAGCACACUCAGCCUGGACAACCCAAUGAGCUUGAACAGUGGUCCAACGACAACCUCAGAGUGUGAACACUCCAAAAUUAAACCCUCCUCAUCUGCCAAUGCGAUCUACUCCUUAGCUGCCAGACCACUGCCUGUACCAAAACUGCCUCCUGGAGAACAGUCUGAAAGCGAUGAAGACACCGAAUACAUGUCACCAUCCUCUCUGCCUGUGGUGCCUCCAGGUCCUGCUGUACAAAAUCCAGAGAUCAAAAUGCCUUUGGAAAUGACUCAGAGUUUACGAGUUUUAGACCGCGACCAGCAGACGGAUGGCUGUAUGUAUGAAGCAAUGUACAACAUUCACUCCCAAGCUGCGUCCUCUGCUUUUGAGAUUGUCAACACUUCUGAUGAAGGGGAUCUGGCAGCAGCCACUGCCAGCAAUGGCCCUGAAGAGUCAGAAAACGAAGAAGAUGGCUAUGAUAUCCCCAAACCACCGCUACCAGUUGCUAUUGCUCGUCGCACACUGUCUGAUAUCUCCAAUGCCACACCUGCCUUCAGCCGAAUGUCUUUGGAAAAUGACCCCGUAACAGGUUUUUCAGAUGGCUCUCAAGUUCCAGAAAGGCCGCCGAAGCCGCUGCCACGAAGAAUAAAUUCUGAGCGGAAAGCAGGGAGCUGCCAAACGGGCGGAGCCAGCAGUGGGACCAGUGCGUCACUGCAACUCUCCAGUGAGAUCGAGAAUCUAAUGAGCCAAGGCUACUCAUAUCAGGACAUUCAGAAAGCACUGGUCAUUGCACAUAACAAUAUUGAAAUGGCCAAGAAUAUUCUCCGGGAGUUUGUUUCCAUUUCCUCCCCUGCGCACGUGGCCACAUAGCACAUUACCUCCACACCUUCAACUUCUGUGGACCAACUGCCUGGGCAGCUGUAGCCCAGCUACGCACCAAAGGGGAAGGGGGUUCCUUUAGAGACUUCGUGCUGAGGUCAGUCCUGCCUCUUAAGAGAAUCAGUUAUCAGGUUUUUGUGGUUCCAGAUUUCAAAGCAGUGGAAUGAAAUGGAGCAGAGUGGUGUUUUAUACAGUGUACGUCUUGGAGUCCUUUACCCCUACCUCUUGUUUGAGAGAACAGAUUUAUUUCCGGGGUGUUGGUAGAGAAAGGUAUCGCGACAAGGGAUCCCUGAGCUGAUGCCCUGGAGGCUGGGGGGAGUGUUUUGUGCUGUGAAUUCUAAGUGAAUGCUCUGAGAAACAAAGUCUCGAGGUCGGUGUGGUGUGUCCUGUGGUUCAUGGUACUAGGUUUGGAUCUGUUUGCUGCUGUGUGUCUGGCUCAGGAUUUUUAGAGCAGCUGUGGGAGGUCACUUUCUGCUGGGACUAAAUGGGAGACUUUGGAAGAAUCUUUUGAUUGCUUCCUGUUUGCCACGGCGUUUCCCUCUUGCCUGUAAUAAUAG